CUGAUGGCUUCGGUCUUGAAAGAAAGAUUUAUCAAUAGAAAAUAAAAUGAUGCUUAGCAAAUUCAUUUUCGUCUGGUUAUUAUGCCUAACUGCUGUAUUCGUUCAACUGCCGUCGGCCAGCAGCAUUGUUUGGCCCAAAUUUCAUGAGAAGAAAAAACCAAUCGAAAAAAUUGUUGCAACUAUCGAUGCAUGGUUCGGAUGCAAUAAUGAGAAAAAACGAAUCGAUCAACUAGUUGUAGCUAUCGAUGCCUUAAAACAGCAGAUCCCGGCCAAAAACACUCUUGCUGAUAUGGAAAAUGCUCUUCAUAGAGAAAAAGCAAAAAAUCAAGAGCUACUUAAUGCAAUUUCGGAACAUGUAACAAAAGAGCAUGAACUUGAACAGCAAAAGAAAAACUUGGAGGAAAGAAUUGUGUACCUCGACAAGAAAGUUCUUGAAAUAUCAUUAAGAGAAGAAUUACUUGAACAGCAAAAUAAAAACUUGGAGGAAAGAAUUGUGUUCCUCGACAACAACGUCAAAAAAUUGCUACGCAUCUUUACUGAUUGCAAAGAAAAUCGUGAAGUUUUGGUACAGAAAGUAACUAAUCAAUUACAAUCGUGCGAAACUGAGAGGAAGAAGGAAAAAAAAAUUGCAGAUCAGUCGACUCUAAAUAUCGAGGCAGUCAAAAGGCACUUGAACAAUUGUACAGUUGAAAAGGACAGUUUGGAAGUUAAAAAAGGGAACAGUAUUCGAGACAAAACCGCUCUAAUUGCCAACUUGGAAUUGUGCGAAGAAAAACGCAAAAUGUUUAAUAACUACGUGCUGGAUUCUUUUUUACGCAAUUCGUAUUUUUAUGAAGUAGAAAAAUACACCCGAUACGCAGUGGCUCGAUUGGGGAUGUUGCCAAUCAAAAAUGCGAAACCUUUGAUACCCGAAUUUGGACCAGUCAUCAACGACGUUCUUUCAUUUCGCUAUCCCAUCAACAUUCCGUCGUGUCAGGCAGCAGAAAUAACAAAUACUUUGGCGAACCCAAGUGUUUUCAUAGCGAUUAUAUCGGCUCCGGGUAAUUUCAGAAAGCGAAACGACAUCAGAGAAACGUGGCUGAUUCACCUCAAAAAUGCCCUGGAAAAAAAUCUGCUGGGCAUUAGCACCCGAUUCGGUUUCUUUCUCGGUAAGACUCAAGACGAUUCGAUUCAAAAGCGAAUCGAAGAAGAGAGUCAGAGACACGGGGACAUCGUCCAAAUCGAAAUGGACGAUUCGUACCGCAAUUUGACGCUGAAAGGCAUCGCCGUGCUCAACUGGGUGCGGCAACACUGCGUCAAGCUCGACCUCGUUUUCAAAGUGGACGACGACGUCUACGUCAACGUGCACAAUCUCGUUCAUUUCGUCCGGUCCAACUAUCAAUCGAACAACAGUGUUUUCGGCUAUCCCCUACUCCAAACCGUACCCGUUCGUGACAAGGAUAGUAAACAUUAUAUUUCAAUAGAAGAGUAUCCGUGGGUGAACUAUCCCUAUUACGUCCAAGGACCGGCCUAUUUUAUGCACGCAAGCGUCGUCAUUCCGUUAUUGGCUGCCAGUCAGACCAUUCCUUUCAACCCGUUCGAGGACGUGUUCCUGACCGGAAUGUGCAGGGAAAAAGCCGGUGCCAAGAUACAAAUUUCCGCAGGCCAAUCCAGUGUCUUUAAUGAGCAUUUGCCAACCGUUCUGACGCCGUGUGAUUUGCGGAACUACGUCGGGUUGCUGACCAACAAUCAGUUCGUCACCCACUCGGCUGUCGAAGAUUUUUAUCGGAACAAGACCCAGUGCGUCGUCACCGAAUCGGAUGGAACCAAAAAGACAAUAGACUUCACCGCCCCCGUGGUUUUCAAGUUCAAUUAGUCUGUGACACACAAGACAAUGAAGAUAAGAAUAAUUAUCCCUUUUAUUGGAAAUAAAGAUGACAAAUCGUAGACAUACAUUGGCCUAAUGUAUUAGCAACAACAAUUCGGCGCUUAAU